UUAUCACUGGCUUGCUGUGAAUAAAUACGUGGGUAAAUCUCUGUUGGAGGCCCUCAGCUCUGAAGGCUGUGAGACCCCUGAUUUCCCACUCCACACCUCUAUAUUUCUGUGUGUGUGUCUUUAAUUCCUCUAGCACCACUGGGUUAGGGUCUCCGGGACCGAGCUGGUCUCCGCACUGGGGGAGCUGCCCUGAUAGGUAGUGAGCUCCCUGUCCCUGGGGCUAUCAAGCAGAGCCAGGUGCCGCCCCAGGGAGCUCCUCCUUUGAGGGAGGUCCACAACCCUGGAACCUGAGCCCAGGCCCAGGCCUGAAUCCGGAGGUUGUUUAACCCAGCAAUUCCGGGACCCCAUCCCGGGUCGCUGGCAUCCGCUGUCAUUUGAGAGCCUGGGGCUGGCGGGGAGAGCUGGUCCGGCCUUCUCUGGGCCGCCUUUCCUCCCCAGCCUCGUCGGGAAGGGGCACAGGGCAGCCGAGCUGCGCAACAGCCCGCUGGGCCUGCGCCCCAGGGCCUCCGGCGACACUUGGGAGUCCGCAGCUGAGUCACUGACUCUCACCCGGGCUCCUCCGCUUCCGCCCGGCCCCGAUGUGCUCCGGUUUCAAAAGGGAGGAAGGGCGGGAAUGCUCGGGAGGAGCCUGGGGUUGGCAGGACCUGUAGGGGGUAGAAUGAAUGUCGUGAGGGCGAAUAAGGAGGUACCGGCUGGGGCUGAAAAUGCGCAAGGGGACCAUGAGCGUGAUUCGCCCUGAGCCGCUGCGAACGCGCUGCGUGGUGGGGUGGCCCUGGAGGUCCUGGAGCAGAAGCUAGGUUCCCGCAGAGUCCGCUGCGGCGCCGCUGGCGACUGGGCUGGGUCGCAUUUUCCACGAAAAGUCCCACGGCUUCGGCCGCGGAGGUGCUGGAGCCCCUGUGCUCAGACGAAGGGCCGAAUGGCCAGGAACAGGCCGCGUCUUCAGAGCCUGGCGAGGGGCUCGCGCUGCUGAGGAGGCGGAGACGCCGGGGCGCGCCUGCACCCUCGCGUCUGCAGCUCCGCGAACGGCCGCCAGGUGCCGCUGUGGCGCUCAGCGCGCCGCCCGCCCCGCUCCAGGAAAAGCGAAAGUGACGCGGGCCUGGGAGGCCGGACAGACCACGUAGGGCGCUGAGGGAGGUCGCGCCACCGUGGGCGGGGCUCCGGGCGCCUUCCCCUCGGCCGGCCUCGCGCUGUGGUUCGCUCCGGCCGUGCAGCGCUCGCGAGUUCCCAGGAGGCCUGGCGGGCACCAUAACCAGCGCCGCGGACCCCGCAGGAUCCCGCGCCCGCCGCCGCCGCCGCGAUGCUGGGUCUGCUGGUGGCGUUGCUGGCCCUGGGGCUCGCCGUCUUUGCGCUGCUGGACGGCUGGUACCUGGUGCGCCUCCCGUGCGCCGUGCUGCGCGCGCGCCUGCUGCAGCCGCGCGUCCGUGACCUGCUAGCGGAGCAGCGCUUCCCGGGCCGCGUGCUGCCCUCGGACUUGGACCUGCUGCUGCACAUGAACAACGCGCGCUACCUGCGCGAGGCCGACUUUGCGCGCGUCGCGCACCUGACCCGCUGCGGGGUGCUCGGGGCGCUGAGGGACUUGCGGGCGCACACAGUGCUGGCGGCCUCGUGUGCGCGCCACCGCCGCUCGCUGCGCCUGCUGGAGCCCUUCGAGGUGCGCACCCGCCUGCUGGGCUGGGACGACCGCGCGUUCUACCUGGAGGCGCGCUUUGUCAGCCUGCGGGACGGCUUCGUGUGCGCGCUGCUGCGCUUCCGGCAGCACCUGCUGGGCACCUCACCCGAGCGCGUCGUGCAGCACCUGUGCCAGCGCAGGGUGGAGCCCCCUGAGCUGCCCGUUGACCUGCAGCACUGGAUCUCCUACAACGAGACCAGCAGCCAGCUGCUCCGCAUGGAGAGUGGGCUCAGUGAUGUCACCAAGGACCAGUGACCGCCACCUUCACACCCUGUCUGCCCCGGCCACCAUCCUGGGCCUGGGGGCUGCCCAAAGAUGGGCAGUCUGGGCCACACUCUGUUCCAGCUGGAGUGGCCUCCUGAUCAGCCUGGCCCACCCCAGUCCACCCACUGAGCCCCCCCCAGUUAUUGAUACCCCUCUGUGCUGGGCUCCACGCUAGGCAGAGGGAGGAGUGGCAUUGGCAUCCCGACCCAGCUCUGCCCUCAAGGUGGGGAUGGAUGGGCAAAGGGGAGUCCUGCCUGGCCCUACGAUGAGGCCACUCGUGUGGGCCUAGGUAGGGGAGGAUGGUGCCUGGAGCAGAGGGGCCCACAAGUGCCUCCUGAGCCUAGAUCCUGGCUCGGACCACUGCAAGGGCCGAGGCAGGGCCAGACCAGAGCAUCCUGGAUGCAGUCCUGGGCUCUUCAGGGCCUGGGCCUGAUUCAGGUGCAGUGGGCACUCCUGAAGGGUCAGAGCAACAUCUGCCAAGCAGCCCCCUCUGGCUUCCGCUGAGGUGGAUGCAGGCCUGGGGCAGAGCCUGGGUGGUCAGAGGCCGGGGCUAGAGGCAGAUGGAAGGGAGGCAUUUGCUGACAGAGGAUGGGGGCACCCGGGCUCCCCGCUGCAGUCGGCCUUGCCUCCUCCUCCUCCUCCACCUCCAGUCAGGCUGGAUGGGAGGGUAGCCUUGUGGCUGAGAGGGGCCAGACUAGGUGGCACAGGGGCUCCUGGAGAGACAGCAGGCUUCCUCCUGGGGGUUCCCUUGUUGGAGGGAAUGGAGCAGGCGUGGGACUCUGCAGGGGUGUCCUCGCCCACUUGCACCCUUUGCUGGCCUGGCCGGCAGGCGUCCUCUGAACUCCACUGUCCUCUAUAUUUAGCAUGUUCCUUGUCAGCUGCUGGGCUGGCCCUGCCUUGCACUAGCAGAGCCUCUCCUGGCAGCUUCUCAGGUCUCCCUAAUGGAGACAGCAGGCUACUAGGACACUGGCUGGGGCCACCCCCUCCUGCCUAAUGCCUCCCUCACCUUACAGCUGGGGAAACUGAGACCUAGAAUGACCCAGAGUCACUGAGGCAAAGUUGGGGCUGGUCCCAGCCUGAGCCUCCAGCUAAUGCCCUCAGCUCCCAGAGGGGUUGCCCCACCUAGCUGGGUGCAGGGGUCACUGCUUGUCAGCUCGGCCCUGUGCCCGCCUGCCUGUGCCCCUACAUCUGUGCCUGCACAUCCAGAACUGCCUCCUUGCCGCUGCCUCCAGGAAGCCCACCUUGAGCCAGAGUCCAGAGCUGCAGCGCUGCCCCUGAUAGAACACGCCUGCCCCCACUACCGUUCUUGCCUUAUAGCCACCAUGGGAAAGCUGCAACCUUUCUGUUUUAUUUAAAGAAAGCCCAACAUUAAAGGGUUUUCAUCAUAA